AUGAAAGCUGUCCUCAUAUUAGGAUUGAUAAUUUUUGGAAUCACUGCAGUAGAAUUGGAAUCUGGAGUACCAAUUUUACUUAAGGAAAUUAAAGCAAUAAAAACAGAACACACUGAGUUUACAUUCUUACUCGAUUUGGAACUCAGUUAAGGAGGAAAAGUUUCUGAAGUAGUUUCAUUAGUUGGAGAUUUAUUAGAAUAAAUGAAGAGAGACUAACUUAAUGAUGAUCUUGAAUAUGCUCAUGUAAAUUUUAGAAAUAAUAUUAGAGAACAACAACACUAGGAUUAGAUAUUGAAUGGUUGAUUAUUGUAUUAAGAAAUCUUACUAAGGAAAGAUAAGAUAAAAAUAAUUAAUUAAGUGAAUUGAAUUAAAUCUUAGUUGGUUUAUAAUAAUAAUUAGAUGCACUCACUGAAUAAUUAAAUAUUCUUAAUGGAAAAGAAGAAUCAUUAAGAUAAACUAGAGCUUAAGAAGCUGCAUCUUAUUAAGCCAGAUAAGAAAAUAAUAGUAAAGUUUUAGCAGCAUUAAAUGAAAUAAUUCCUAAAUUAUAAGUUGCUGUUUUUGAUUAAGAAGGAAAAUCAUUAUUGCAAACUGAAUAAUUUGAAAUUGUUGAAAAGAUCAAAAGAGAAUUAGGACAUAAUCAUCCUAUUGCUAUUAUGGUUGCUUUAACAACUAAAUUUGAUGUUCCAACUGUUAAAAGAAUUAUUGAUAAAUUGGAUCAUAUUAGAAAUGCUGUUAUUGCUUUAAUGUAAUAAGAGGAUGAAUAAGAAACAUAAAGUCAAGUAAAAUUUCUAUAUUAAAUUUAGAUUACAUUCUAAACUGUUCUAUAAGAAAUUGCUGAAUUGAGAGAAAGAUUUUCUAAAGAUUUCGAAAUAACUUCCUAAUUAAUCAAAAAAAGAACUAAUGAUAAAGUAUUAUUCAAAUCAUUAUUAUUUAAGGUUCUUUUGGAAAAAAGAUUAACUAUUAUCAAUAGAGAUCUUAGUCUAACUGAAUAAUUACUCAUUUAAACUAGAGAAUAUAAAGAAUAAUAUGAUGCUGCUUAUGCUGUCAGAAAGGGUAAAAGGUAAGAAUUAUUAUAUAAAUUUACUUAGGAUUUCUGAAAUUAAAACAGUUUAAUAAGCUUAUGAUUUAGUUGAGAAUCAUGCUAAGAAACAUAAACAAUGAUUUAAAUAAAUAUUUUGCAAUUAUAUGGAUUAUGG